AUGACAGAGGCUGUUAAAAAUGUGCUCAUACAAUUUAAGGAAAGGAUCGGUAGGUAUCCUAAAACGGCACAAUUUGACGAUGGAAAGGAAUUUUACAAUGUAGGAGUAAAGACGUUGCUAAAGGAUCAUGAUGUCCACUACUUUUCCACAAGAACCUUCCGGAAAGCCGCACUUGUUGAAAGAUUUAAUAGAACCCUUAAAACAAGGAUGUGGAAAUAUUUCACGGAAAAUAGGACGAAAGUUUGGGCGGACGUUCUACCUAACCUUGUCAGAUCCUAUAAUAAUACCAUACACAGAACAAUAGGGAUGAGGCCGGUGGAUGUGAACGAGGAAAAUAAGGACGAAGUUUGGACAAAGAUUUACGGAUAUCCACUAAGCAGUUUUCCAAAUCCCAAAUUUAAGAUCGGGGAUCAUGUUAGGGUGGAAAUAAAACAUAAAACCUUUGAAAAGGGAUACGAACCCAAUUUUGAUAAUGAAGUAUACGUCAUUACAGCGGUGUUUCGAGGAGAUCCAAACAUGUACAGCCUUAAGGAUCUUGAGGAUGGGGAGGACAUCCUAGGAAGAUACUACGAACAAGAAUUAUCUUUAGACUUAAAUAAAAAUGGACACCAUAGAGAUGAAUGA